AUGGACGCGAAUGGGCCUCCUUCUCAUCUUGGUGGUACACCUCUGGGACCGCCUAGUAAUCAGAGCGGUGGAAUGGAUGAGUUGAGCGAAAAGCAGCUCACUCCAGAGGUUUUACAGAUUCUGAUGACGUUUCUGAGAAAAAACGGUCUAUCAGUGAGUUUUCAUGACAAAUGGACUGAGGCUCUGUUGUCCGAAUUUGAUUCUCUGAUACAAUUUGUGGACUCAUCUUUUGAUUUCUUCCAAGCCGAAUUCAGUCUCAUGUUGUAUCCAGUUUUCGCCCAUUCCUACAUCAAACUGCUCAUGGAGAAUUCAGUGAAUAACGCAAGAGAGUUCUUCAAACGUUAUUGCAAGCGAAUACCAACACCGUAUGAAGAGCUCGUCUACAAGCUGGAGCGAAUUCAGUCGGCUCAUCAGGCCCAAGCUGACACGUAUGUUCAGCUAUUAAUGAAAAAUACGUUUCUUGUAAAAAUGUCUAAAUCGUCGAUAAAACAAUUGGAAAUCCCACUUGCGCGUACGCCUACAAUUAAAAAUAUUAAGGUAAUCUGUCUGAUCGGCUCUUUUGGAUUCAUUUCCUUCCUCAAUUUGCUGAGAUCAAGCGUUGAAUCACAGAUGGGUGGAAUCCUCGGUCAGGUUUCGAAAAAUGAGAAAAGGCACAAGAUGUACUACGGUGUUCUCAAAGAUGACGUUUCGCAAACAAUCGAAAAAAAGAAAAUGCGAGGUAAAGAGCUAAAAGACAACAAGAAAAGCCAGGCUCUCGCACCGGUUCCUGAUCGAAUACCUCUUCCACCGCUUAGCGAAGCCUUACGGGAAGAACGGCGGAAAGCUAUGCGGGAUGCCGCUAAAUUGACUUUGGUGUCACAAGAAUCGCCUCCAUCUGUGUGUAUGCUGACUGCACUCAAUUCAUAUGGGCUGGUCUCUUCCUGCGACAUUUCUGACGACUCAUCAAUUCUAUGUAUAGGAUUGAUACUGAUGCGGAUAACGUCACCGAUUUGCUGUAUGAUGAAGCUAUGUUGCUUUUACAAUUUGUUUUGUCAUGUUAUUUACUUCUUGUUUGAUUUACAGGGCCAUUCUGGAGCUGUAUAUUCUGUUCACUUUUCUCCUGAUAAUCGAUUGUUGGUUUCAUCUUCCUUGGACUGCUCAAUUAGGCUAUGGAGUUUGGAAACUCAAAAGAAUGUUGUAGUUUAUCGACUGAGUCGUCCUGUGUGGCAGGUACAAUUCUCCAAUCGCGGAUAUUACAUGUGCAGCGGUGGCGAAGAUAACACUGCUAUGUUAUGGUGCACAGAACGAAUGUAUCCUUUGAGAAUUUUCCCUGAUUGUUAUGGAUCGGUGAAUUGCGUGGACUUUCACCCUAACUGUAACUAUGUUGUAGGAGGUAGUUGUGAUCGCUAUGUCAGAGUAUGGGAUGUGCUGACGGGUACCUGUGUUCGUACAUUUUGUGGGCAUUCAGCCUCUGUGACCGCAGUGAAAGUCUCUCCCUGUGGUCGAUAUAUCGUUUCAACCGGUGCCGAUGGUGCUGUAUGUGUAUGGGAUGUCGCUUAUCAGCGAUUAGCAGGAAUGGAAACGAGAGACUUCAAAGGGUCGAUGGGCUCUAUUUGCUUCUCUCGUGACGGCGGUUCUUUUGCUGUUUCGCAAGGUGGCGAGUCAUUAUCCGUGUAUUCUUUGGACAACAUGAUCGCUGCUACCAGUAGCGCCUCAGGCAACAAUGAGCUCUGUUUUGAUCCAAAGAUUAACAUGCCAAAUUUCAAUAUUUUCACUUAUCCGACCAUGCAAACCUCAGUCAUUGGUCUUCAUUUUACGCGUCGAAAUUUAUUGUUGGCCGUUGGAGCGUAUCAUUCGUAA